AGGUCAAGGGUGUAAUGACACCUCCACACCCGAGGGAGGCAGUAACGCAGUAGACUUCUAGCUGUGUUCCCGGAAGUAGUAAACAAAGAAAGGAAAACGUAAGCGACCAGCGUAGUCUUCAUAAAUCUGCGUUAAUUCCUUAAUUUCUACGUUUGUACUCUGUGUCUGUCGUAUAACAGACAAUAUAUUCAUUAUUCGUGUCAGGAUAAUCCCGCCCCGGUGAACUUUAAAGCUUCUCGGGCUAGAUUUAGCUAGCUAGCCGCUAACAAAAGAGACGCGGAAGUUAUCAACAACAACAGUUAAGUGUUGUUGUCGUCUGGAAAAUGUGUAAAGUACAAAUGCUGAGAGCGCUGGUGAACCAGCGACUAUCUGCGGCCGUUGAAGAAAUAUUUGUGGUAUUGGAAAGAACGAUAGCAGAGUACGAGGAGGAACUUUCUCGAACAAAAGAGGAGAACGAGCGACAACGUCAACUACUGGACGCUGUUUUCAAGAAGCGCCGAGAUGUGCCACACGGAGCAGUCGUUGAAGAAGAUCUUCCCCCCGAGCAGCAGCAAUGGAGCUCCAGGAUGGAGCAGGACGGGCCCCAGCCCUCAAACAUUAAAGAGGAAGAGGAGGACGCUGAUAUCUCCAAGUUGCCAAUGGUUUGUGUCAUUGUGAAGAGUGAAGAUGAUGAAGACAAAGGUGAAAGUGAGGAGAAGAGAGAGGUGGAGCCUCCAAGCAGCAGCUCAACUCAACACAUGACAACAGAAGCUGAUGGAGACCACUGUGGAGGAUCACAAGCAGACAACCUCUUAGCUCCACUAUCAGAUAGUGACGACACAACGUCACACUCUCCUGACACUGAUGAUGAAGACUCUAAAGCUGAUAUGACAUGUCACACUGACAACACACACGUUAAAUGCUCUGAUUGUGGGAAAGCUUUAGGUGACCCCAACAUGAAAUGUCACACUGGAGAAAAACCCUUCAUGUGCUUAGUUUGUGGUAAAGGAUUCUCUCGGAAUGAACAUUUGAUAACACACACGAGAACGCACACAGGAGAAAAACCUUUCAUUUGCUCGGUUUGUGGCCAAAGGUUCUCUCAAAAGGGCAGCUUGAGGAAACACACAAGAACGCACACUGGAGAGAAACCAUUUUCCUGCUCAGUCUGCAACGCAAGUUUCAGUGACCGUUCAGCGUUGGUGAGGCACAUGAGGCGGCACACCGGAGAGAAACCAUUUUCCUGCUCGAUUUGCAACACUAAUUUUAGUCACCGGUCCGCUUUGGUGGCCCACAUGAGAGCACACACUGGUGAAAAACCAUUUCCAUGCUCAGUUUGUGGUAAAAGAUUCUCUGUAAAGACACAGUUGACAAGGCACAUGAAAAUACAUACAGGUGAGAAAGUGUACAGUUGCCGUGUGUGUGAUGAAAGAUUCUCUUACAAUUACCAGCUCAACAAACAUCAGUGCACCGCUGAGAACAGCCCAAAACAGCAAAACUGAGAAGACGUUUGAGAGUUGUUGGCGUACCUCAGACAGUGAGACUGUACAUUAUUUGUGAACAUAAUUGCUCUUUUUCUGGAAUUUCAACAACCAUGUAAGUAUUCUGUGUAUUGCAUAAUUGUUUUUUUAAAUGCAUAUUCAGAAUUGUAUGUGAUAGUUGCAAUUUUGUACCUCUGAUUCUAUUGUGUGUUUGCACAUUUGCGCUUGUUUACUUGCACUGUUUUGCUGUUAUAGCGACAGCAUACUAUUUUCUGCUGUGAUGUCCCCUACUUUCAUUGCAUCAUAUAUUGUUCUUCUCACCCGAAAUAAAACGCC